CACUGGUUACAUCUCAACAUUACGGGACACCAAAUUAGAGGGACUGAGCGAGUGUGAAUCUGUGUUUUGCAGGCGGAUGGCCAGUCAGGGAGCCAUGCGAGGCCAGCGCGUGGUGGAGAGUGAAUGCAAGUGCUGGAACCCAGCCGUCUGGCUCCUGGUUUCUCUGCUGGGAACCCUCGUCUUGGUAGCCCUCAGCAUUCUGUUGAGACUUGGGGACAUCAAAAUAAGCAGACGGGCUUUACCUGACAGUGGCGUGCAAAGCCCAGUGAAGACGGAGUAUCAAGUACAACUGGUGAAUGGGCGGAGCAGGUGUGAGGGCAGAGUGGAGGUGCAAUACAACGGCUCGUGGGGCACCGUGUGUGAUGACGAUUGGGACAUGGUGGAUGCAAAUGUCGUGUGUCGUCAGCUGGGAUGCGGGGUGGCUGUGGCGGUGUCCAGCAGCUCUAAGUUUGGACAGGGCACUGGGCUCAUCAUGUUGGAUAAUGUGGACUGCAGAGGAAGUGAAAUGGAGCUCAGCCAGUGCCGUAGUUUGGGGUGGGGCAUCCACAACUGUUACCACUAUGAAGAUGUGGGUGUCACCUGCAGAGAACCAACCUUGCUGGGGUUCAGAGGUUUUGAGGAACCCAGCACACCACCCCAGUCCAUAUCUGGUUUACGAGAUGGCACCAUCCGUCUGGUUAAUGGACAGAACUCGUGCCAGGGCCGAGUCGAGAUCUUCUACCAGGGAAACUGGGGGACAGUGUGCGAUGAUGACUGGGUCCUCAACAAUGCCAAGGUAGUAUGCCAACAGAGUGGCUGCGGCAGUGCUGUCUCUGCACACACCAACUCCUACUUUGGCUACGGUACCGGGCUGAUUCUUCUGGACAACGUCAACUGCCAGGGCACGGAGCAGGACCUGACUAAAUGCAAGAGCCUGGGUUGGGGUAAACACAACUGUGGCCAUCAUGAGGACGCUGGGGUCACCUGCACCGGGUCCACUACUGUACCACCAGUAGCAACAGAGCUCCCGAGAGGGCUGUGGGGAACAUUGAACACUGAAGUUCCAGUCACCAAGUCACCAAGCACAACAACAACUGUUACAACAACAACAACAACCACCCAAACAAAAGUUACAUCAGCCAUUCGUGUGAUAAAUGGCAACAGUAGCUGCCAGGGUCGUGUAGAGGUCCUCUACAAAAAUGUUUGGGGGACAGUGUGUGAUGAUGACUGGGACAUGCCCAAUGCCAAAGUAGUGUGUAGGCAGCUUGGAUGUGGCGCACCUAUUGCAGCCAAGUCCAAUGCCUACUUUGGCCACGGUUCGGGCCCAAUCUUGCUGGACAAUGUGGAAUGUAGUGGAUUUGAACUAGAGCUAUCCCAGUGCUUCCACCUGGGGUGGGGUCAGCACAACUGUGGCCAUCAUGAGGAUGCUGGAGUUAUCUGCGCACCUUUUGACCCCCAGUUUUUUGACCUUGCAAGUGCGCGUGAAUUCAGAGUAACUGAAACAAUACCAACAACCACCACCACCACACAACCACCUGAAGGAAUGGUAAGACUGGUGGGUGGCCAGCACCGGUGUGAGGGUCGAGUGGAAAUGUACUUGAAUUCAGGAUGGGGCACAGUGUGCGAUGAUGCCUGGGACCUCCCAGAUGCCCAGGUGGUCUGCCGUCAGGUGGGCUGCGGUGAAGCCAUAGCAGCUCGGGGAGAAGCUUACUUUGGGCCCGGCAUGGGAACAAUCCUGCUAGACAACCUCAAGUGCAGAGGUACUGAGAGAUCCCUGCAGCGCUGCUCCCAUAUAUCCUGGAAUGUACACAACUGCGACCACUCUGAAGAUGCUGGCGUCACCUGCUCGCCAUCAUGAUUUCAGCAGAACCGCACUCCCACCAACAUGUGUUAGGAUGUGGGUGUACCGUCCUCGGACUUGUGUACAUUAUGUAAAUAACAGCUGCCACAUUGCUGAAGUAAUAUUCCACCAUCACCAACAUAAAAAACAGUUAAUAUGCCAUUCUAUGAUUAUAUUCUAUAACUAUAUAAGCCUAUUAAGCACUUUAUAAAUAUAUUAUAUAAAACAAAAUGUACACAGUUGUUUGAUAAAUGAAGAAAAGCAAAGCUUUUAACUGUCUGUCUUUCUGUUUUUGUUAAAAUAUAUACUGUACAUGUUAUUUUUCACUUAAGGAAUAUACUUGAGGAAGUCUGUGGAUUAAAGUAAACCUAUUUUUACAGAACAACCUCUGCUCCACAAUCCACAAAUAUGUAUGAUAAAACAUAAAUGACACUGUAUACUAUAAUCUAUAACA